AUCCCAGUAAAAAUAAAUCGUGAAUCCUCUGUUUGUAGUGUGCAUCCUUAUUAUAUCAAUGAAUUUUUAUAACCUCACACAUACUUACAGGCUUUCAAGUGUUGAUCCAGGCUGUGAAGCAGCUAAUAGAAGAUAAACCUUCAGAAAAAAUGUCCUCAAGUCAAUUAGUGUGGCUUUACACCAUCAUGUUGUCUGCUACUGUGGUACAACUUGCCCUCUGGAUUUACUGCAAAAGCUCAUCAAACAAGAUUGUCCGGGCAUAUGCAAAGGAUCACUAUUUCGAUGUGGUAAACAAUAUAGUGGGAUUACUUGCAGCAGUUCUUGGUGAUAAAUUUUACUGGUGGAUUGAUCCUGCUGGUGCUAUUGCCCUUGCAAUUUACACAAUAACAAAUUGGUCCAGAACUGUUAUGGAAAAUGCAGUUUCUCUGGUGGGACAAUUAGCUCCUCCUGAGUUUCUACAAAAAUUGACAUAUCUUGUCAUCAGACCCCCUCAAGUCAAGCGUAUUGACACAGUCCGAGCAUACACAUUCGGUGUUCUUUAUUUUGUAGAGGUGGACAUUGAACUCCAUGAAGAUUUGCCAUUAAAAGAAGCACACACCAUAGGAGAGACCUUGCAGAUAAAGAUUGAGAAACUUCCAGAAGUUGAGCGGGCAUUUGUUCAUCUUGGCUUUGAAUGUGAACACAAACCAGAGCACUCUGUUCUGAAGAAGCUACCCAGCAGUCAGCUUUGACUCUUUGCUACCUUGUGCCGUUAUAAAUAUGGCAAAGCCAUCCUUCAUAUCUUUACAGAACAGUUUCCUUUCUCCAGUGGUUAUUGAAUAUCAGCAGUAGGGUUAGAAAUCGAUCUAAUUGUCAAGGGGAAUCUCCCAACAAGUGAAGCAUUUAUUCUCUUGAUGAUUAAGAGGUUGAUGAAGAAAAAUUAUGCUGCAUAUGGUUUUCCAUUGGUGUUCUCUGCAACUACAAGAGCAUGGCGUGAGGAAUUUGUU